UAUAUAUAUAUAUUUAGGUUUUUUUAGUAAUUUAUCUAAAUAUUAUUAUGAAUUGUUUAAUUGAACAAAUAAAAGUUCAAUCGAAUUUUCUGAACGUUUCAAAGUAUGUUAUACAGUGAAAUAUAUAUGUAUAUGUAUAUGUCAGGUGAAUAUCCGUGAGGUAGUGUCUAUUUACAGUGUGUUGUAUUACGAAUGGUGGAUAUAUAUAUAUCGUGUCAUAUACUCUUUCUUCGUUUAUAGAUUCAUCGAGGAAUACACACGAGCGAUAAAUUAACACGACUAAGAUAAGUGGAACGAUCGAGACUCGAGCGGAGGAGUAGUGAGUAAGCCCAAGGUCACGGAUAAACGUUGGGAGAGGUGUUUAGUAAAGUGUUGUUGCUUCGAGUGGGAAAGAGCUCGUUUUUUCUUCGCUUCUUUGAUGGACGUUAGUAAGCUUCUUCUUUAUUACGAACACCAGAGAGUGUCAUGUUAUUAAAAUAGACGACGUAGUCGAGUGAAUCUUGAAAGGACAGUUUAUUCGGCUCGACUUGGUCCAGAAACGAUGAUCAUCGUUGCAAAAGCGUCCAACUUGACAACAACCUGCAUAAUUUACGAAAGAAAUUCAAACGGUUAAAAAAGAAAACAUUCAAGGAGAAGAAAAAAAAAAUAAACAAGAAAGUGAAAAAGGAAUAAAAAAGGAAGCAAAGAAAGAAAAAGAAAAAACAGAAAAAUGUCGGAAAGUGAGACGAAACCAGCAUCACCUGUACCAAACAUUUACACGCAAGGUUGCAACAGCCUGAUCACCGUACAUUGUCCUACACUUCAAGUGACAUCGCGAAUGUUACGUUCGCCAAGCCACGAAAGUGUUACCACAGAUAUCUCCCUUUUCAGUGUAUCUUCGAUAGCAAGCGAAUUAAAAGGUGCUAACAGGUUGGUUACCUUCAAAUCGUACAGCGAUGUGCAGUUAGCUGGACGGGGACCCUCGCCGAAACCCGAUCGUCAGAUUCAGGAUAACAGACCAGCGGAUAUUCCAGAAAUCCUCUGGUUCGAGGAAGAGAAUGAUCUGAUACGCAGUUGCGGUGUUCUUUCCUCGGCACUGGGUCUUCGUAAAAGUUUCAGUACAAGUGACGUCUCCCAAUUACCAAGUCCAGACGCUUUUGUACCAGCGGCUGGACUACGUUCAGCAGUCUCAGCUUUAGCACUCGAUACUCAAAGAAACAAUUUACUUUUGGAACACGCGAGGCUCGAUCAUGCUUCGAGAUCAUGCAGUACGUGGGUAGCUGUUGGUGAACCUGUCGCAAGUACAUCUCAACUUCCGAGUCCUCACGGUGGUACUGCAGCGCAAGAACAACAAGCACAACAAUCGUCGAGUUCUCAUUCAUCCGCACCACAACCACCACCGGCUCCACCACCUCCACCAAUACCUUUUACAGGUGCUGAUCUUAUAAGGUCCGUCAAUAAGAAGGUUCGACAAAAUUAUAUACGCCGAAGAUUGUUGACAACCUACCGAGCUCUCGAACGACUAUCCCAAAGUGAAUUCAACUUGGAUCAAUUGGAGGCAGCGGCAAGUGCAGCACAAAGUACACCAGGUACGACAUUGCUCGUACCUGGUAGUAAUUCAGCACUACCUGGUACAUCAAUAAUCGGUCGAAAGGAACAGAAUCAUGCGUUGACUGUCAGAGAUGUAGAAAGGGAACGUGGUAAUCAAUUAUCCAAAUACGAGAGGAACAUGAUGAUCUUCAAUUGGCUUCACAACAUCGAUGAUACAGCUAUUGUCGAUAGUGUCGAAUAAUCCUAAUCGAUCGAUCGAUGAUAAUCGGCUUAUCAAGCACCCAUGGCGCUUACCGACCACGGACUAAUCGGCAUCGACGUAUUAUUUCUAUUCGUAUUAUUGUUCUCUUCAAAUUCUUUCUUUUUUUUUGGGGUAUUUUGAUCUUUUUUCUUAAUCUGAAUUUAAAAUACACGAUAUACAGGGUGAUUCAUUAGUUCUUAACCCACCUAAAUAGCUCUGAAAGUGUGAUAGUAGUAAAAAUAGAUAAAGGAUAGAAGUUGCAUGAAAAAUUCAGGACUACAAUAUGAAAUUAGUAUUUUUUUGCUA